AUGCCUCCCUCUAGGCCUGCCAGGUCUUUUGCAGUCUCGAUGCCGCUCGACAUCCCUCGCAGCGACGAUCCGUGGAACCUCAGGCCGUACGACGUGCCUUGGGGGCCCUCAUACUACCAGUACAAGCCGGGGAAGCUGCCGGGUCACGACGGCGACUGUCUCAUGUUGCGCUCGCCCACGCCAAUCGAGCAACGACGGACUGCCAUCGCGUGCAGGCACUGUCGCCAGCGAAAAGCCAAGUGCAGCGGCGACCAACCCGCCUGCAGCCGCUGCGCAUACAGCGGUCGCAAGUGCGUGUAUCCCGAAGAGCGGCGCCCACAGCCCGCUAACAAGCCAAGGGCCUCCAAGACCGCGCGCGACAUCCUCUCCGAUUCCUUCCGCCGCGACUCGUCGAUAAGCCUCGCGUCCACCAGCACCGACUCUUCCGAGUCGUCGUCCGAGGAAGUGUACGCCAAGGAAGAGGACGACAGAGACGCCGAGUCGUACCUGCUGUACGAUAUGAGGUCGGAGGGCCACCUGCAGCACUGGCCGCCGUACUGCACCAUCGACUCUCCCCGCAGCGAGUACUCGUCGCCCCCCUCGACGGCGUACAGCGAAGUCGACUACGACGUCGUCGUCGGCGGCGGCGGCGGCUCGCAGACGUACUUCGACUAUCACGAACCCGGCGCCUCGACAUCAACGCCGUCAACGCUGUCCGCGGCCAUCUACGCUCCCAGGCCUGUGCACCCCUCAGCUGCACCACCUGAUCUCGCGUAUCCCCAUUCAGAGAUCGUGCCGCAAGUUCCCGGAGAACCUGUGCGAUCGCCCCCAGGCUUUCCCGAUCGUCCCCGCCAAUCACGAUUGGGGGGAGGUGGCCGCCUGUCAAAACACACCGGGCGGGAGAAGUGCGAGUACGUCAAAGUUCCCCAGUGCCCGGACCCUGUGCGAGGGCAGCGCACCUGCCAGCUCGACCCCCCAUGA